UUACAAGAUACUGAUCCAACUGGUGGCAACUGGCAAGUUACGCACAUGAGCCCUUGUGAAGCUCGCAGCUCCAACGGUCAAAAAAUCGAGGGUUUAAAAAUUUCAAGCAGGUAUAUAACGCCAUCGCCAACGGUCCUCUGGUUAGUGCCUUCCGCUCCCUGUUGCAUUCUCUCUCCCUUCCAAACCAAUCAAAGAGAGAGAAAGAAAAACUACAGUAAUCUGAAUCGCAAAUUGCCAUUCAAGAAGACGAGAUUCCAAAGAAAAUGGACGAUUCUGAUAAGGGUUUGUUCUCCUCCUCGACAGCGACUAUCAAGCCCUCUGCGAUUCCGAAAUUCUUAGCAACUGAUGCAGGACGACCGGAUGAGAAUACCCAAAACUGUGAUAAAAUGGUUUCAAAGAUGCACAGUUUGCUAAAGAAAUCACCAAUCAAACACUUCAUGUCACCCACCGUAUCUGCAGCCUCCAAGGCUUCUGCUCCAAGAAAUAAAGUCUUGGUCGAGAGAAAUGAAGCUCUGAAUUCCACCCAAACCCAUCACAAUAACACCACAAAUCUUUAUUCAAAAAUUUCUCCUUUGUGUAGUACUGAUAGUUCUGUCUCGAACCGGGUAACCCCAGUACAACGUAGGGGUUCUGAGUCUGAUGAUGAUGAACAGAACACUUGUGUAUCCGAUUCAUCUUUGGCUUAUGAUCCCUUGACAAAUUAUCUCUCCCCAAGGCCUAAGUUCCUCAGGUACAAGCCAGACCGGCGUCGCGAGAUCUUUCUUGGUGAAGAAAAUGAGAUUGGGAAAGAAAAUGUUGCGUCUGGUGUCAAAUCACAUGUUCGUUUAGAUUCCCAGAGGGGUUUUGUGAAACAAGAAGAUGGAGAAAACAUGACUGGGAAUGAACAAGAUGAAGGGUCUGGUGUCAAAUCAAGUGCUUGUUUAGCUUCUCAGAGAAACAUUUCUAAGGAAGAGAAGGUUCCAUCUUCUGAAGAAGGUAUUGUGGACCAAAAAGAUGAAAAGAUAAACGAACUGAAUGGAGAUCAUCAGGAGGAUGAUUCUGAUGAGGAAAUUGAAGAGUUAGAAAAGGAGAAUUAUUCAGUUUUGAAAAAUGUGAUGGAAUUUCUACUUGUAAUUGGUAUUCUUUUCUUAUCUACCAUUUAUAUUUGUUCCAUGAACUCUCCUUCGCCUUCACUGACCUCACAAGCCUUGGGGCAUCUCAAAUAUGGGUACCACAGAAUUCAGAAUUACACUUCAGAAGUCGAUUUCCUUGAAGGUAGAAGUCUAUCAUUUGUUCAAACAGAAGGGAUGCAAUAUAAUAGUAGUGUUGGUUUUGAAGAGGAAGCGAAAACUGAAGGAAACAUCAAGGGAUUGGUGGAAAGUGCUGAUAAGUUGGUUGAAGUGGUAGAUGUGGAAAUAACUGUUGGUUUUCCUCCGGAAGAAAAUGCAGAAAGUGAAGAAGUUCUUGAUCAAUUGAAGGGGAUUGAACUCUCAAAAACUACAGAGAAGUCUGAAUAUGUGCAAGUGGAAGUAGAGGACAAAGCUGAAACAAUUAAAGUAGUUUUCGACGAUGGAGUUGAAAAGGAAGUGGUUGAAAUCAAAAUGGAGGAGAGGGUCGAAGAAGGCCUUACCAAAAAUGCAGAUGGUAUUUCUAAAGGAGAGGUUGAUUUAGUCAUGGAAUUUUUAUUGGUUCUUGUGAUGGCAGCAUUGUCUCUAUUGGGAUUUCAUUUUUGGCGAAAGAAAACCUCUUUGUCCAUAGAAAAACCUCUUUCUGAAUCUAUCUUAGCAGACAAAACCACCUCAGUAGGUCCAGUAGUAAUUCCAUAUGUGGAAGAAGAACAUGUUGAGAAAGUCGAGUCUUUUGUGAAUCCUUCUUCAUCUUUGCUUCGCUCAACGGAGGAAGAGUUUUACCAAAUCCGAGCACCAACGGUGGAGUUGCUUGGAGAAUUUGUGGUUGGAGAGGUUAGCAGUUCUAUUAAGAGUUGUGGCAUGAAAAGUAAGAUGAUGGAAGUUGAAGUGAGCACCAGUUCUAUUUUCCAAGAGAAGGGGACAGGGAGCAAGGCCCAUGUUUUUUCUAGUCCAGUGAAGCCAUCUGCAUCGGAGUUCUCUACUAUGAAUUCUCCUUCAUAUGGAAGCUUUACUGCUCAGAAGAAGAUUUCAAAAAAGGAGGAGGGCACAGAAGGAGAGGUGAAGUCGGCGGCUGCAACUACAGUGAGGCGAUCUAGCAGACUCCGUAGCCGUGCGGUAAUGUCCCCAUGAGUCUUCAAGACUAGCUAACCCCCUUGGAUUAUUUGGAAACUUUCCAAAAUUUGAAGCAUAAUCAUCCUGUGUUUGUACCUAAUUUGUCCACCUACCUUCCACUCUGUGCUAAUUAGGAAGACUGAAGGGGAGGGUUGUCUACAAUCUUCUGUGAUCUCAUGUAGGAACUGAAUUUGAAUUUUUAUGAAACGAUGCAGAAUUCCCAUUGAGGAGCCUCUCACAUUGAGGAGUUGCAUUU